UUUACACAAAAACCCGAGCACGGUUUUUACCAAGUGUCUGAGUUUAAGUUCAGGUUUAAAUAGGCGUGUGAGCGUAGUUAACACACACACAUACACACACCGCUAGUAUAAGCACUGUCUUAGCUGAUAAUUUAAGUAAUUUAUUGGUUUAGUUUGUUAUAUCUUGAGAUAAAUCGUGAGUUGCCGUUAUGGAUCAAGUGAGCGCAGGCCAAGGGGAAAUAAAGAAUCCAUGGGGUAAAGUAAACGUCCCAGCAACCACUUCCUCUCUGACAGAUGUGAUGAGUGAACAGCUGGCCAAGCAGCUACAUGAGGAGUUUAACCCCUCCACUACCUGUAAUGAUGACUUGGACGUUGCCAGUUUCCAGCAGGACGCAGAUACAGAUAGCGACCUGAUGUUGGCUCAGAUGCUUCAGAUGGAGUUUGACAGGGAAUUUGACACACAGUUACGCAGAGAAGAAAAGAAAUUCAACGGAGAGAGCAAAGUGUCGAUUUCCUUUGAAAACUACCGCAUGGUUCACCCGUUUGAGGACAGCGACAGCUCUGAUGAUGAGGUAGACUGGCAGGACACGCGCCACGACCCUUAUCGCCUUGAAAAGCCAACCACUACACCAAAGAAAGGUUUUGUAGGGAAAGGCAAGAACAUCACCACGAAACAUGAUGAGGAGGUCUGCGGACGCAAAAACACCGCACGCAUGGAUAAUUUUGCUCCAGAGGUGCAUGUCGGUGACGGGAUAAGCAUGGACCUGAAGUUGUCGAAUCAAGUGUACAAUCAUCUGAAAAGACAUUGUCAGGCCGAGCAGAAACGCAGUGCCCGGCUCCAUGAGAAGAAGGAGCACUCCACCGCUGAGCAGGCAGUGGACUCCAAGACCAGAUUGCUCAUGUACAAAAUGGUGAACGCAGGAAUCCUGGAGAACAUUAAUGGAUGUAUCAGUACAGGGAAAGAGUCUGUGGUGUUCCAUGCUGAUGGAGGGAGCUUUGAAGAGAUGCAAAUUCCAAAGGAGUGCGUCCUCAAGGUCUUCAAGACUACGCUGAAUGAAUUCAGGAACCGGGACAAAUACAUUAAGGACGAUUACCGCUUUAAAGAACGCUAUAGUAAGCUGAAUCCUCGUAAGAUCAUCCAUUUGUGGGCUGAAAAGGAGAUGCACAACCUGGCCAGGAUGAAGAAAGCUGGGGUUCACUGCCCAGAAGUGGUGAUUCUGAAGAAACAUAUUCUUGUGAUGUCUUUUAUCGGUCAGAACCAUGUGCCAGCUCCUAAGAUAAAAGACGCCAUGCUGACUUCGGAAGACAUGAAGAAAGCAUAUUACCAAGUCCUACAGAUGAUGCAGCAGCUGUUUAAACAGUGUAACCUUGUUCAUGCUGACCUAAGUGAAUAUAAUAUGCUCUGGCAUGAAGGAAAGGUAUGGUUAAUUGAUGUGAGCCAGUCUGUUGAGCCCACUCACCCUCAUGGUCUGGAGUUUCUGUUUCGGGACUGCAGGAACGUUUCCACAUUUUUCCAAAAAGCUGGAGUUACAGAAGCCAUGGACGUGUAUGAUCUCUUUAACACGGUGUCUGGACUGAAAAUCAGCAGCGACAAUGAGGCAGAUUUCUUAGCCCAGAUUCACGAACUGGAAAAGAUCAACGAGGACCACGUCCAAAAGCGAAUCAAGCAAGCCUGUGCCGAUAUUUGCGAAAAUGGCCCGCCCUUGUUAAAUGAAGAUGAUUAACAAUAAGAUAACCAGAUAACCAGAAAAGUCUGGUCAAAUCGCAAGUCGUGAGGUGUCAAAUGUCAGGAUGUUUAAAUGCACUACACAGCGUUUUCUGCUGCCUUGGCAUCUGAAACAUCCUUCUUUAACCAUGUUUUGAUGGACUGCUUCAAAUGGCAAGCAAGUUGUGUAUUAAUAUAUCAAAUAUAUUAAUACAAGGCAGCAUCAAAUCUGCUGUUUGAGCGCAGCCUGUUAACGAUCAGUUUUGCAAUAUGGGCAAAUAAUGGGGCAGAAAUAAAAUGACAAAUAUAACUAAAUUAGUAAAUAUGGCAUGGUGUCAUAUAACUCUCUUUACAUAGAGUAGUGGUUAGAGUGGAUUGAAUGGCUAUUUAAAGCAUUCUGUACCGAACAUAUGAGGCGUGUUGAUGUAUUCAGAAUCUUGUGGCUUUAUGUUCAUGUUGCUAAUUGCUGGCUUCAUGUGAUCUUUUAAAACUCCUGGAGGAAAUGAAUAAAAGUUGAAAUUGGCAAACGAAA